CAGCCGGACGGUUUAUGGGCGCGGACGGCGCCAUGGCGGCCGCCGCGGGCUGAGGGGACGGCGCGGGCCCGCCAUGUUCGCCAGGGCGUUCCGCGUGAGGGCCAACACCAACAUCAAGGGCUCGGACCGGAGGAAGCUACGAAGUGAUGUGGCAGCAGCUUUUCCCACCCUGAGCACUGAACAACUGGCUGAGUUGGUUCCAAACAAGGAGGAGCUCAAUGUCAUCAAAAUACACUGUCACAAAGGGGAGGCCAUCACCAUUUACAUGAACCACAGGAACCCAAUACUGUUUGAAGCUGAGAAAGUUCUGUAUCCAACAGUGUACACUCUGUGGGUCUACCCAGACCUUCUCCCUGCCUUUACAACAUGGCCCCCAGUGCUACAGAAGCUUGCAGGAGGAGCAGACCUGAUGCUGCCAGGAGUUGUGGUGCCACCUUCUGGCCUCCCUCAAGUGCAACGGGGCACGCUCUGCGCUGUCACCCUCCUGGGAAACAGAGCUCCCGUGGCAGUUGGAGUUGCCACCAUGUCCACAGAGGAGAUGCUGGCAGCUGGAAUGAAAGGAAAGGGCUUUGCUGUGCUGCACACUCACCUGGAUCACCUCUGGGAAUAUGGUGACAAAUCUUCUCCUCCUACCUUAGCUCCCUUGGUAACGGAUUCUGCUGCAAAGGAGAGUGCUGGAGACGAGGAGGAGCUGCAGGGGAAGGAGCCUGGCAACAGCUGCUCCCCUGAGCCAGAGCAGCACGUGGAAAUCAGGGAUUUGAGCCUGAAGGACAGAGACACUUGUGCAGAAGUGCUGGGGAAGGAGGAGCUCCAUGAGAACAGAGCUGCAGAACCAGCUGAGGAUGCCAGCACAGAGGACCAGCAAGAGGAGGCUGAGGACAGCAGGACCCCACAAGAGCAAAUGGAUGCAUUGUUUAAUCAGUGCUUUUUCCAUGCCUUAAAAUGCAAAGUAAAGAAGUCAGAUCUCCCUCUGCUCACCAGCACAUUUCUAGGCAGCCACAUGGUCUCCUGCUGCCCUGCUGGAAAACAACUGGACAUAAAGAAAUCAAGCUAUAAGAAGUUUUCUAAAUUCCUGCAAUGCAUGCAGCACCAGAGGGUCUUACAAGUGAAGGAGCUGAGCAAAGGUGUGGAGAGCAUUGUGGACGUGGACUGGAAACACCCAGACAUUAGAGCAUUUGUAGUGCCUGAAGGAUUUUCUUCAGCCUCUGCUGCCCAAGACAGCAGAAGUGAAGACAGAGAACAAGUGUACCACGCUCCUGAAAUCAUUCCACUCUAUGGGGUCUCCACAAAAAUGAUCCCACUCUUUCAGGAAUCUGGACACAGAAAAGGCAGCAUCCUCUCAAGCAGUGAGGUGAGAAACAUCAUCAUUAACUACGUGAAAAGUAACGAGUUGGUUGAUGAAACAAACAAAAACUUUGUAAAGGUGAAUGCCAUUCUGUGUGACUGCCUGUUGGAUAAAUCAGAACAGGAUGAGAUCUCACACCUUAAAUGGGAUGAACUCUUGAGCAGGUGCCUUGAACGACUGCAGCCCUUACACCAGGUGACAUUUUCUGGACAAGAACCCGUGGUGAGGAAAGGAAACAUUGAGCCCAUUGACAUCAGCAUAGCACAGAGAUCAUCAAACAAGAAGGUGAAAAAAGACAAUUAAAUGAGGGGGGUUGAGCAGAUGAGAUCCCAGAUCCCGAGG